GUUUGACCCUGCAACGGUUUGUGGCUCCCAGAAAAUUGAUGCAGCAAGAAAAGGUGAGCAGCAAUCUGAAGAGUUGAAGAGUGAAAAAGAGGAUCUUUCAAUCUUUCUCAGAAGAUGCGCAUUGAAGCCCAUUUUUUGCACCAUUGUGAGCAGCUUGGUAUCUGUGAGAAAGCUCUGAAGCAUGGCUGAAUGCAUGCCUCUGAGCAGCCAGGCAGCGGAAACGGCGCAGGAUCGAGCAUUGCAAUAUGACAGAGCACUGUCCAGCCAAAGCAAAGAACAGCUUUGAGGUCUCAAAAACCUUUCAGAACACCUGAGUGGCGAGUAACCGCAUCAGCUACCCAACUCACACUGCAAACAACAACAACUGCGGUGCUGCUUGUCAGUGCUCUCUUAAGCUCUGAUUACGCCACAAGAAUCUCAACCCCGCCUUCGUAGCUUACGGCAUGCUUCAAGGGUCACCUCAUAAGCCAGCUGGAUUGAAACGAGCUGUAAGAAAAGUCCCAGCUUGAUCUGAGCUGAGUCCACUCGCACCUUCUCUUAGAAACUUCCUCGAAUAUGGGGCAAGCUGGCUGGUAGCAGAAGUAAGCUGCGCCGAUGCGCUUAUGAUGCAUCAUAAGCUGUAGCAUCAUAAUUCAUAGCAUUGCCUGCUCGUGGCUGCGCCCUGACUAGCUGGCAAAAUGGCUGGGAUCAGCGAUCUUCUCACGAGCAUGGGGAUCAACAUGGGGCUGGUGACCCUGUUCUUGACCCUGUACUCGAUGUUCAGCAAACAGCCUUUCAAUGCCAGAGUGUACUUCACUCGCCAGUACAUAAAGACCAAGGACUUUGGGAGGACAGAGAGCGGGAGGUUAGUGAUAAACCCACUGGAAUACUUGACUAUGGCCGCCUGGUUGAAGAAGGCCAUUGUGUUGCCAGAGGAUGACCUCCUGGGGAUUGCGGGGCUGGAUGCGGUGGUGCUGAUGAGGCUCUUCAUCCUAAGUAUCAAGCUCUUUGGUUUCUGCUCCGUCAUUGGCCUCUUCGUUCUGAUGCCAAUCAACGCCACCGACAAGUUCCUGACCCUACACAAGGGCAAGAUCAACUAUGAGGGCAUUGACAAGCUGUCUCUGGCCAAUGUCAGCCUCGGAUCCAAGAGGCUUUGGGCGCACCUUAUAGCUGUAUACCUCAUCAGCGGCUACGCAUUUUGGCUGCUUUGGAAAGAAUACAAGGAGAUCAGCGAGAUGCGCCACAGCUACCUGGCGGAUGCGAAGCGCGCCCCGGACCAGUUCACAGUGCUGACGAGGCAGGUUCCCCCGAGCGCGACGGAGACCAUCAGCGAGCACGUGGAGCACUUCUUCACCGUUCAGCAUCCCCAUACGUAUCUGACCCACCGCGUAGUCGUCGACGCCAACCACCUGGAAGAUCUGAAGAAGCAGCGGGACAAAGCGCUGAACAAAUUGGAGGGCGCGGAAAUCGUGCACGCGCGGAACCCCGAGAAGCGCCCCCGGCAGAAGCUGGGAUUUCUAGGGCUCUACGGACACGAGGUGGAUGCACUGGAUCAUUUCACCCGGGAACGCGACCGGUUGAACGCUCUGAUCGAGAAGGAGAAGGAGGCUCUCCUACAUAAGAAGCACGCGCUUAUGCCCACUGCGUUUGUGAGCUUCAAGAGCCGAUGGGGGGCCGCGGUUGCCGCACAAACUCAGCAAACAAGAAACCCGCAGACAUGGAAAACGGAAUGGGCCCCGGAACCGCGCGACGUGUUUUGGCCCAACCUGGCGAUCCCGCCGCACCACCUGUUUGUGCGGGAGCUCGCCGUAACCGCCGCCGUCUUUUGGCUGUGCUUCUUCUACAUGAUUCCGGUCGUGUUCGUGCAAACGCUGGCGGAACUCAAGAACCUGGAGAAGACGGGAUCGUGGGUUAGGGCCAUCGCGACCUGCCCAGGAAUUGGCCAAUUUCUACAGGGCUUUCUUCCGGGCCUCGCCUUGAAGCUGUUCCUUAUGCUUCUUCCCGGGAUACUUAUGAUACUGUCCAAAAUUGAGGGCCACAUCAGCAACAGCAACUUAGCGCGAGUCGCGGCGGGAAAGCUCUUUAUGUUCCUGGUGAUCAACGGGUUCUUCGGUUCCGUGCUGACGGGUAGUCUGUUCAAGCAGCUCAACCUGUUCUUCUCUCAGCCCAAAAACAUUCCCAAGGCGCUCGGAGCCGCGAUCCCGGCCAAGAGCACGUUCUUCAUCACUUACAUCAUGGUCGACGGCUGGGCGGGCUCCAGCGCUGAGAUCCUGCAACUGAUACCGUUGAUCUUGUACCAUCUACGGAUGGCGUUGCUCGUGCGGACCGCGGAGGACCGGUUUCAAGCGCUAAACCUGCGCCCGGUUAUCUACGAAACCGUCGUCCCCAGCCUGCUGUUCUACAUACUCAUUGGGCUGGUCUACUCAUGCGUCUCGCCGCUGCUGCUACCGUUUAUCUUCAUCCAUUUCGGAUUAGGCUACGUGGUCUACCGUAACCAGAUCAUCAACGUUUACGAGCGGGCGUACGAGAGCAAUGGGCGUUUCUGGCCGUACAUCCACAGCCGUAUCGUGACGUGCCUCUACGUCAUGCAAAUCACGCUUAUCGGCGUGUUCAUCCUCAAAGACGCGAAGCAGCAGACGCCGUUCCUUUUCCCGCUCCCCGUGCUCACGUUCCUCUUCAACCGGUGGUGCAAAGACGCCUUCUUUCCGUCGUUCGCCCGGUACUCGAUUGAGAGUGCAAUGACGAAAGACACUCUCGACUGGGCUCGCGCCGACUCCGUCGACCCCAUCAGCUUUGUCAAAGACGCCUAUUUACACCCGGCCUUCAAGGAUAAGAAACGCCUCCCCCGGCCAGGCCUCGCCUCCCCUCGCAGUGGGGGAGAGUCGUCGGGGGAAGAAGACGGGGAAGAGCCCCGGGUGGUUCCUCUUAAAGGAAAGUACAGACAGUCCAAUCGGUCGGGUAGAGAAUCAGUACAGUCCGGAAGAGAGUCUUUGAACGGGAGAGAGUCGCAGAACGGAGACCGCUCCGGUCGGGAGUCACUGACCGGGGACCCGUUUCUCGAACCGGGCCAAGGGCGGAGCUCGCAGGACGGGUCCUGCCGGUCGCCGUCAGACCUUGGGCGGAACGGAACGGAGCGGAGCGGAGCGGAAAGCGGGCGGAAGGAGACGUGGCGGGAGAGUAAGGCGGGUUCCGCGCGAGCGUCCAAACGGUCGUCGGCAAUUGCGCCGCUGCCGCCGGAAGAGGAGGUGGAGGUGCACGAGUUUACUACUGACUAACACACGUACUCAUUCCAUACGUGAACUGCGACAUUAACGCCAGUAAGCCGCCCGCGGUCGUCAUGAGCAUAAAAUAGUGAUAGCGUAGAAAUUGCGUGCACGCGAGCGGCCAAUUACUGAUUUCUACUGAGC